ACUAGCCGACAUACCCACUCUUGUCCGCAUUUUGAAUUUUCUAACUCUCUCUCUCUCUUCUCUCUCUCCCACUAAAACUUCUAGCAGAGUUUCAAUCUUUUUUUUGCUAGUGAAUCGCCUCUAAGAUCCUCAAUCUAUUUAUUCUCCACAUCCCCUUCAAACACUCCAAAACCAUGGCCGUCUCAGCGCCAUUUCAGUUUCUAUUCUUUCUUCUUCUACUUCUCCUAGCAGACAGAGCUGUUUACUCGUCUUCAGAGUAUUUAAUCGGCGUCGGAAGCUAUGACAUCACCGGUCCCGCAGCUGACGUCAACAUGAUGGGAUACGCCAACUCCGAACAAACCGCCUCGGGUAUCCACUUCCGUCUCCGAGCUCGUGCCUUCAUCGUCGCUGAGCCUCAAGGUAAACGCGUCGCGUUUGUGAAUCUCGACGCGUGUAUGGCGUCUCAGAUCGUUACCAUCAAAGUACUCGAGCGACUCAAGGCAAGGUAUGGCGAUCUUUACACAGAGAAGAACGUGGCUAUAAGUGGGAUCCACACUCAUGCUGGACCAGGAGGUUAUCUUCAGUACGUCACUUACAUUAUCACCUCUCUUGGCUUUGUUCGUCAGUCUUUCGACGUCCUCGUUGACGGCAUUGAGCAAACCAUCAUCCAAGCUCACCAGAGUCUACGUCCUGGUUCUCUCUAUAUCAACAAAGGUGAUCUUUUGGAUGCUGGUGUGAACAGAAGUCCUAGCUCUUAUCUGAACAACCCUGAAGCCGAGAGGAGUAGAUACAAGUACAACGUCGAUAAAGAGAUGACGCUACUCAAGUUUGUUGAUUCACGGUUGGGUCCUAUAGGAAGUUUUAACUGGUUUGCAACUCAUGGGACUUCCAUGAGCAGGACUAACUCUUUGAUAAGUGGAGAUAACAAAGGCGCAGCUGCGCGUUUCAUGGAGGACUGGUUUGAGAAUGGUCAGAAGUUUUCAGUUAGUUCAAGUAAAAUCCCUCGGAGAGUAUCUACCAUUGUUUCUGAUCUCAACACAAACCGUGAGUCAGACGUCAAAAACUACUUUCCUUUUAGAGUUACUUUCCUAAUGUGGAAAGUCUAUGACAAAAGUAAAUUUUUUUUUUCAGACAGCAGGCUUUUGGAUAUCGCAGCUUCUUACAAGUCAUCUAAAGGACGGUCUCUUGAUGCUAAAGUUCGAGUAAGGAAGGCGUUGAAGAGUACAUUCGUAUCUGCCUUCUGUCAAUCAAACUGUGGGGAUGUGAGUCCAAACACUCUCGGCGCGUUUUGCAUCGACACUGGACUGCCUUGUGAUUUCAAUCACAGUACUUGCAAUGGAAAGAACGAGCUGUGCUAUGGACGUGGACCCGGGUACCCUGAUGAGUUCGAGAGCACGCGUAUCAUCGGAGAAAAGCAAUUCAAAAUGGCGGUGGGACUAUUCAACAAAGCUACAGAGAAGCUGCAAGGAAAAGUUGGUUACCAACAUGCGUAUGUAGAUUUCUCGAAUCUUCAAGUCACGGUUCCUAAAGCAGGUGGUGGUUAUGAGACGGUGAAGACAUGUCCAGCUGCGAUGGGGUUUGGUUUUGCUGCUGGAACUACUGAUGGUCCUGGUGCUUUUGAUUUCAAACAAGGAGAUGAUAAGGGUAAUGACUUUUGGAGAUUAGUGAGGAACGUGUUGAGAACUCCUGGUCCGGAACAGGUCCAGUGUCAGAAACCGAAACCUAUUUUACUUGACACUGGUGAGAUGAAGACACCAUAUGAUUGGGCGCCUUCGAUUCUUCCUGUUCAGAUGCUUCGCAUUGGUCAACUAGUCAUCCUCAGUGUCCCCGGAGAGUUCACGACAAUGGCUGGAAGGCGUCUCCGUGAAGCUGUGAAGUCAUAUCUCAUCUCAUUGGACAGCAAAGAGUUUGGCAACAACCUCCACGUCGUAAUCGCUGGCCUCACCAACACGUACUCUCAGUACAUCACCACUCACGAAGAGUACGAGGUUCAAAGAUACGAGGGAGCUUCGACGCUAUACGGUCCACACACACUCACCGCUUACAUCCAAGAGUUCAAGAAACUAGCCACAGCUUUGGUCAACGGUCAAACACUCCCGAGUGGGCCCCAACCACCCGACCUUCUAGACAAACAGAUCAGCUUACUAGCACCUGUGGUCGUGGACUCCACUCCUCUAGGAGUCGGCUUCGGUGACGUUAAAGCAGACGUGCCUCCCAAGUCAACGUUCAGGAGAGGUCAGCAAGUCAACGCGACGUUUUGGUCGGGAUGUCCACGCAACGACCUGAUGACGGAGGGAUCUUUCGCUGUGGUGGAGACGCUGCGUGACGGAGGGAAGUGGGUCCCGGUGUACGACGAUGAUGACUUCAGUGUGAAGUUUAAGUGGUCGAGACAGGUGAAGCUUAGCCCUGAGAGCCAAGCCACGGUGGAGUGGAGGAUACCGGAAUCUGCGGUGGCAGGAGUUUAUAGAUUAAGACAUUACGGAGCUUCGAAGUCGCUGUUUGGUUCCAUUACAAGCUUCUCUGGUUCUUCUAGCGCCUUUGUAGUUGUAUGAAAAUUUAACCUAAAGUAAUAUAGCGUAUCACACACGCAUUCUCCA